AUUCAGAAUUAAGAAACCCUAGACGACGAUAUCGAGAUCGAUCCAACCAACUCUGCAGCUAACAUCUCUAAGGUUUGAUUUUCCGAUGAUGAGGGUGAUGGAGCCUCCGCCUAUCGAGGAGGCAGCUUUGGCCCCAGUAUCGGUCUUCUGGGACAUAAAAUCGUUUCCGGUUCCCGAUGGCUAUGAUGCUCGACUGGUGGGUCCGUGUAUCAAACGGAAUUUGAGGAAGUUAGGCUACACAGGUCCUAUCACCAUCACUGCCGUUGGCGUACUAUCAGAGGUCCCUCGUGACAUCCUUAAAGCAGUGUAUUCCACUGGAAUCUCUCUUAAGGAGGUCAUUAAAAGUCCGACAAACAUGUAUGCUCUUUUCCUUGAGUCCUCUCUUCUUCGUACUCCACCUCCAGCUAAUAUGAUGGUCAUAUCCCGUCCACCAUCCUACAUUCCUCGACACUUCUCUUCUAUACGUGACAAGGACCGUGAGAAGGGUCGCUACACUAUUUUCCCGUUUCCAUUCGGAGAAAUGCCUUUGACUCUUGCAAUCAGCCUCUGGGAAGACUUCCUUCUGGCAGAUCCAGUAGCUCUUGAGGAGGAGAAGUGCAGUGAAAUGGGUGAUCCAGCCUCCUGGUUCUGCGCUGUGUGUCAUCAUUUUGCUGCCCCAGAUCUUGUUACUGGCCGGGACUUGAUAGUUUCAUCACGCAUCUCUAUUCUCGACAACAUGCACAACUGCUUCAAUUCCAAACUGUCCCCUGUAGCCCUGGCUCUGUAUGCAAGCACGCAGCUCUGGCUCCCAGCAUUAGGUUUAUAUGCGUUAACAAAAAAAUUGAGGAGGAGGCCAGAGCUGAGGCUCCCCGUGAUACAACUAGUCAAUUAACUUAAAGUUUUACUUACUGUCAUUAUGUGGUGCUGUUAGAUUUGGAUGCAUUAAUUUUUAAUUAAGUAUAUAAAAAAAAUUCAUAGAAUAUUUUGUAAUUAUUAAGACUUUCUAUUGUCUAACACUAAUUAGAGGUUAAAUAUUUAAAACAAUAUAUAUUGGACCCUAGAGUAACAAAAAAAAAAGAAUUUGGAAAUUUUGUCACAUAGUCUCUACACAAAUGCACUUAGCUCACAAACCAUUGGGGAUGCUUUUAUGUAGUUCCCCAAACCUAGAAGCUUACUCAUUAGCACAUCUUACAUGCUUAUAGAGCCCGUCUCUACUAUUACAUUCUUACGUCGAAUUUAUUGUUUAAACUUAAGUUCAAAACUCAAAAGCAAACUAAAUUGGAGAAAAUAGAACGCAGCUUGCAAGUGUUUUUGAGACUACAAGCCUACAAUAUAUCUAAAGGAGACAAAAACUAGUAGGUAACCUAAUGACUAAAAGAAUUCAGCAGUCUAAAAGAGUAAUAAGGAGGCCUCUUUUAGAUUUGGUUGGUUAGGUUUUAGGUGGGUCUCUAUUAUAAUUACGCUACAAGACUAAGGAUAUUGACGUCUAUAUUUUCGUCUCCUUUCGU